AAGUCGGCCUUGAUAUAAUAUAUUCCAACAGCAAUAUAUAAGUGAAAGCCGUGAUGCACAUUACAAAUAUCACAUAAGUCGGCCUUGAUAAUUAUAUAUUCCACCGAUCGGAGAAAACAGGAGACUGAGAAACACCCAAAUCGAAAGGCGUGUAGGGUAUUCGGUAUGGAAAAUCGAUGGGCCAAGAUGGAAGCGCGCAUGAGAGACGAAAGACAACAGAUACCGGAGGAGGCAGACGAGGCUUUAGUUCUUGAAGGUCUUGCAGAGGAUUUUCGUUUGCCAAUCAAUCACAGGCCGACAGAAAAUGUGGAUCUAGAUAAUGUAGAGCAAGCAUCUUUGGAUACACAACUGACAUCAUCUAAUGUCGGGUUUAGGCUACUCCAGAAGAUGGGCUGGAAAGGGAAGGGCCUUGGGAAAAAUGAACAAGGAAUAACUGAGCCGAUCAAAUCGGGGAUCAGGGAUCCGAGAUUAGGGAUUGGGAAACAAGAGGAAGAUGAUUAUUUUACUGCAGAAGAAAAUAUUCAGCGGAAGAAACUUGAUAUUGAAGUUGAGGAGACUGAAGAAAUUGCAAAGAAGCGAGAGGUUUUAGCAGAACGUGAGCAGAAAAUUCAAACGGAGGUGAAGGAAAUUCGCAAGGUGUUCUUCUGUGAGCUAUGCAACAAGCAAUACAAGUUGGCCGUGGAGUUUGAAGGUCACCUGAGCUCUUAUGAUCACAACCACAGAAAGCGAUUUAAGGAAAUGAGAGAAAUGCACGGGAGUAGCAGUCGUGAUGACAGGCAAAAGCGUGAACAACAACGCCAGGAGAGGGAGAUGGCGAAAUUUGCUCAAAUGGCUGAUGCUCAUAAGCAGCAGCAGCAGCAGCAGCAGCAGCAGCAGCAGCAGCAGCAGCAGCAACAACAAGAUGAAUCUGGAACUGAAGCGGUCACCUCCUCAGGGAAAAGUGUUACAGCGCUGGCAGAUCAGGAUCAACGGAAGGUGCUAAAAUUUGGAUUUUCGUCAAAAAGUGGCACCUCCAAGAGUUCCUUUGGCAAUGCUGCUAAGAAGCCCAAAAAACCGGUUGUCUCUGUUUUUAGCAAUGAUAGUGACGAUGAGUAAUGACCAAAGAUUCCAUGGCUUCCUCAUGAGACUCUUAGAGCAACAAGUGGAUUACGGGGUGCAUUCAUUACUAAAUGUUACCUCACAAGUUUCUGGCACUUGUAUUUGUAUAUUAGUACAAUGGGGCGAUGGCUUGCUUAUGUAUACCUUAUAUUUAAAGUUUUUUGUGUUUCUUUUUGGACAUCUGAUUUCUUAAAACCUUCAUAUGGGUGCAAAAUUGUUAUAAUAUGCAGUUUGGUGAUAAUAGUUUA